UUAUAUUAGGUUGAGUGAAAGAGUAGUGAUUUGUAGAUUUUGAUUCUUUGGACGAAUGUUAAGAUUUCAUUGUUAAUGGAACUCUUUGAAUGAAUUGUUAAAUAAUUAUUCAUAAAUAAUUGUGUCGAGGUCGACUGCAGUUUUCUUUCCUGUUGUUUCUCGGCAACCAAACAAAGCCCACUUCAACUCACCAAGGUCUCUCUCUCUAUAUGUAUAUAUGUAUAUGGUUUGCAACAGUCAAAUUUUGAAUGGCGUUUCUAAGGUUAAGCAAAUUUUAUUCACACCCCUAGCCCGUAAAACCCUUUGUCUCUCCUUGUCUUCCUUGCCAUCCGAUCAAAACCCUACCAAAACCCUAAUUUCAACGGCCGUUUCAAUUCUCCGACACCAACGUUCGAAGUCCCGAUGGAGCCAUCUCCAAUCUCUGUUCCCGAAAGGCUUCACCCCCACCGAAGCUUCCCAAAUUGUUCUCCAAAUAAAAAACAAUCCACAUCUUGCUCUCUCCUUCUUCCUCUGGUGUCAUCACAAGUCCCUCUGCAACCACACCCUCCUCUCCUACUCCACCAUCAUUCACAUUCUUGCUAGAGCUCGCCUCAAGUCCCAAGCUUUAGGCCUAAUUCGGACAGCAAUUCGGGUUUUUGAUGAUUCGGAUGAAUGCUCAUCACAGCCUCCGAAAAUAUUUGAAUCGCUUGUCAAGACGUAUAAUUCGUGUGGGUCAGCUCCAUUUGUGUUUGAUUUGUUGAUUAAAGCAUGUUUGAAUUCGAAAAGGAUUGAACAGUCGAUUUCUAUUGUUAAAAUGCUUAGGUCUCGGGGAAUUAGCCCGACAAUUAGUACAUGUAAUGCUCUGAUUUGGCAGGUUUCACGGGGUCGGGGUUGUGAUGCAGGUUAUGAGGUUUAUAGGGAGGUUUUCGGGUCUUGGGAUGAUGAAAUCAAUGAAAAGGUUAGGGUUAGGGUUAGGGUUUGCCCAAAUGUGCAUACAUUCAAUGCAUUGAUGGUUUGUUUUUACCGGGAUGGUGGGGUGGAGAAGGUGGAGGAGAUUUGGGCUGAAAUGGGGGAAUGGGAUUGUAAUCCAAAUGCCUAUAGCUAUAGUGUUCUAAUGGCAGCAUUUUGUGAUGAAGGGAGGAUGGGAGAGGUUGAGAAGUUAUGGGAAGAAAUGGGAAUUAAGAAAAUGGAGCAUGAUAUCGUGGCGUAUAACACAAUAAUCGGUGGGUUUUGUAGAAUUGGGGAGAUUGAGAGGGGAGAAGAGCUUUUCAGAGAAAUGGAAUUGAGUGAGAUUCAGAGUACUUGUGUUACUUACGAGCAUCUUAUUAACGGGUAUUGUGAAAUUGGAGAUGUUGAUUCAGCAGUACUUUUGUACAAGGAUAUGUGCAGGAAAGGUUUCAGGGCAGAGGCAAGAACUGUUGAUGGGAUGAUUCUCUUACUUUACAAUAGGAGGGUUCAUGAAGCUUUGAAGUUAUUGAGGGUUGCAAUGGGAAAUGUUGAAUUUGCGCCAAAGGGGAAGAGUUAUGAGACUCUGAUAAAGGGUUUUUGUGAAGAGGGGAAGAUGGAAGAGGCAUUGAAACUUCAAUCAGAGAUGGUGGGGAAAGGGUUCAAACCGACUCUUGAGAUUUAUAGUGCUUUUAUUGAUGGUUAUAUGAAACAAGGGAACAAAGAAAUUGCAGAAACCUUAAGGAAGGAAAUGUUCGAAACUCAAAUGCAGCAGGAAGAGAAUUAGAUGAAUUUUGUUUGUUGACAGGAGCCAACUCCUUAGGUCACAAGAGUAACCAGUAACCUGUACUUAAUGACCCAAGUUACUGCAUGCUUACUUGGUUGAUUCUUGCUGAACCUAAAAAGCAUCUUGUUGAACAUAACUUGGUACAUAUUUGAUGGGCACAUGAUUUUUUUGAUUCUGUAUCUUAAAAUAAGUGAAAUAAAUUUUGAUGGUGGUGAGGUAUUAUGUCUGCAACCGAAUGGAAUGCAUGAUUUGAAUUGCUUAUUACAGUGGUAGUGACAAGAGUUGUGAACAUAGACUCGAAUGCAUAAGUAGCUGUAGUAAAUCAGUUCAUUAAGGGGAGGGUGUAUAUUCAAACCCAUGUUUUUUAUCCUGAAGAAUUUCAACUCCAUUCCAUUAAGAGCAUGCAUCAUUUCAAUGUUAAAUCUUGUUAUUGUAGUGAGUGGCAUGGGAAAUUCAUAGGACAGAAAAAGGCUUAAGACUGCUGCCCCACUCAGUGUGGCUUGGUGCAUUGGGAGGAAGCUAAAUAAAAGUAGGUUUAAAGGGCAGGGUUUUCUGUGGAAAAAAAAAAAAAUUGGAGGACAUAAUUCUCAGGUUUUUCUGGGUAGAUGGUGAAAUGUAAAACAGAAGGAGAUGCCCUUUCUGAGGUUUUGUUGAUGGCUUGGUUUGCUGCUGAGUUUGAGUCUGUCCUCUUGGUCUUGUUUUCAUUUUGGUCUUGUUUUCUUGUUGUUUUAUUCUUUGGAUGUCACUUUGUUAUUUGUAUACAUCCUGAUCAUGUGCGCUUGUUCUUGGGUCAAUAACCCUUUGGGCAUCUUUUUUGUGUUUACUAGCCCGAGCCUUUCAAAAGAAAAAUAUCAGAUGUUGCGCAUGGAUAGCUGUUAUCAGUUUCUAUGAAAUGAUAGCUGUGAUGGGAAUUAGUGUGCAUAGCCAGAAAAGGGCAAUCCAGAACUACAUUGCAUAGCCAAGUUAUCUAGAGAACAGAGGAGCUGCGAAGAGUCACAAUGUGAUUCUUCCCAACCUUCAAUGACCCUGGUUUCGUCCUUCUUUGGCAAUGUAAUUCCACACUUCCUAGUUUGAAUUUCCAAAGGGAAAUGACUUUUGCUUGUAAAUGAAAUAUUUGUACGAUGUACUGGAUUGAAUCAUUUAAUUUGAUCCCUAUUCAUUUGCACCAA